CCUGAACAGAGCUGGUUGAAGAAGCUUUCAUCAGCAGGAGCGAUUAAAUAAUGUGGCUACAAAGUGUCAUCCCCUUCAUUGGGAUUCUCCUUUUGUUUCAGAGGACCACUGCUUAUCUGACACCUCAGCAGUACCACCACAUCGACAUCGCCCUGACCUGGUAUGAAGCUCAGAGCUUCUGCAGACUCAAGUUCACCGACCUGGCCACUGUGGACAACAUGAGCGUCAAGAACGAGCUGGUCAGCGUGCUGGGCAGUCAUGUGACGUACAGCUGGAUCGGGCUUCGGAAAGGAACGACUCCCAGGUGGAUGUGGUCCGAUGGCAGGGGCAGAGCGCACUUCACCAAGUGGGCUGAAGGUGAACCGAACAACGCAGGAGGCAAUGAGGAUUGUGCCGAGAUGGUUGCGGAUGGCUUGUGGAUAGACAUACGGUGUGGAGAGGACAAAGCUGUUACGUGUUAUGACCGCCUGCAGGACGGCAAGCAAGAGUAUGUAUAUUACUCACAGAGGAGAACCUUUGUUGACAGCCAGGAGUUUUGCCGAAGUAGCCACACUGACAUGGCCUGUGCAAGCACUGAGGCGGAUAAUUCACAGAUUUCCAGUACUGCCGGAACAUCAGACAGCAACAAAGUGUGGAUCGGUCUGUUCGAGGAUGCCUGGAUGUGGUCAGAUGGAAAAGAAACCUCCUUCAGGUUCUGGCUGAGUGGCUCGCAGUCUUGGGGAGACUGUGCUUCUGUUGCAGUGGCACAACAGGGACGCUGGAUCGGAGCUGAUUGUAACCAGAAGGCCACGUUUGUCUGUCAGGGUGGUCUUAAGGUAAAGAAGAGGGUAAUAAGGCUGAAGCUGCACUCUGAUGUCGACCUCACUGACUCCGCACUCAGUGAUGAACUCCUGAAAAAGUUGGAGACGAUCCUGAGAGAACAGCAGCUGACUGAUUUCCAUCUCAGCUGGCGAAGUGACAAAAGUUCACUCAUCUUCCAUCGUCAUGAGCAGUCGGAGGUCGCAGAGAGACAGGUGAGUGUAGCCUCUUGA